UGUUUAAAACACGAUCGGCAUAUUUGGAUAUUAUGUGCUAAAGGUGUCCCGUCUUCUCCCACAUCAUUAUAUUACAAAGUAAGCAUUUCUGUUGUUCCAAUUAGAGAGCAUUAGGUUUACAACAAGCGUUAAAACGUAGUUUUAAACAGAAUUAAACACAAGACCAGUAGCUUGAAAAUAACACAAUGUCGCAAUCCAGUGGAAAGCAGAGCGGUUUAUCCCAACCGAAUGAACAACUAACAGAGGCAGAUAUAGAAAGUAUCUGGAAUGCUAUGAAGAGACCAAGAAAAGGAGACGGGAAAGUCCGUUCACCGAGCAAACGGGCCAAGGAGAAGAAGGGACCCUCCAUUGAUACAACGCCCACUACCGAUUACAGCGGCAACCUGUUCCCACUUCACCCGGAAACACUGGAAGAGGAGUUAAGAUUGGACAAAGAUUUUGCCAAAAUGACAGGAGUACUUCGAACGAAAAAGAUGAAACCAAAGUCAUAUUUGCCUCAGGUUAUUCUGUAUGAUAAUAUGAGCCAUGACCGUCUGCUUGAGAUAAGACUGCACGAUAUUCGACAUGCUCACGAGAUGGCGGAAAAGAGGGCAAAGCGACGUCACGAAAAGUUCUUGCGCGCCCUCGAGCGGAAACAAGACGACUGGUCGAAGCGAGACGCAAGAGCGAUAGCGAAGCUGGAACCAGAAAAUGCAUCCGAGCUGAGUUUUGCUUUUGGGAGGUUGUACAAUAAACCAGAUCACCCGUAUCAAGACGCUGUUCUAUCACUGACCCAACCUCCCCAACGCGUCGCACACGCCCGUAGAAGACCGAUUGUUCUUCCGGAUGUAACACGAAGACCUAUCUACGAUGACGAGGAACCAGAGGACAAAACAUUUGUCACGAAACUGCCGAAGCUGCAGAGAAGCGGACGGCGAAGAGUGGCGAAUGAAAGCGGGGAGAGACGCGGAUAUUCCGACCGUGAAAUGGGGCUAGAGAGAUCAAACAGAGGCGGACACCAAAAGAGAGAAAAACGCCGUAACGAUUGGACCGCUGACGUCAGAUUUCAUACGUUGACAUCAUUACUAGACGAACGGUAUAGCGCGAAAAAAAGAACUAACGAACUCAAGCAACCAGUAUAACCAUAUCCUAUAUAAGUUGCCAUGGAUGGGAUUUUUUUGUAUGUAAUGCUGUCAUUUUUGCAAAAUGCAGUUUGCCCUAUAGUUUGUGUUUGAAAGUAAUUGGCCAUUUUCCAAUUAGAUGUUUUUUGGGUAAUACUGACUAUAUGGUAUAACACUUCUACUGCUAACUUAUUAAGAACAUUUAAUCCACAGAAAGGGCGUUAUGUUAAACUGUGGUUUAACAAAACAACCUGUUUGACUAAAUUAUUUACACUUGGCCACAGUGUGAUUUGGUUCACGAUAGUUUAGAACAUUCUUAUUGUUUUGAAUGAAUGUAACUUGCUUUAUCCCCACGUGGCCAGGAAAGGAAGACAGCGGUUAUAACAAAGGUGCACUAUUUCAUACACCUCAUAUCAGC